AUGCCUUCAUGCAGCGCACGGCGUCGCCAUAUGGAGCAUGAGCUUUCCCGCUGGGGUUUCCCAGCUCCGCGCUUCGUCGAAGCGUUUGGACCGGAAGAUGAGGAGGUGCUAAAAUGGUUCAACUCCCCGCGCGUGGCAAAGUUCCCGCCCUGCUUUCGGUGCGGCUUGGUCUCCGAGUGCUGUUGUGCCAACAACGAUAUGCUCCAGGAGCAGAUUGCCAAUUGGCUUUCCUUUCGAAAGGCCUGGGCUGAAAUCGCCAACUCCAAGAAGGAGUGGCACCUGCUUGUGGAGGAUGAUUUGAAGUUCACGCACAAAGCUGCGGAGUGUUGGAACGAACUUGAUCUUUCCUUUGCACUGAAGGUUCCUUCGUUGAUCCGUCCCAAAGGCACGAAGCAAGAUGAUCUUCACCAUGCUAUGGCCGUGGAGCGUGCUCGGCGGGUAGAGCCUGAAAACAUCCGCCUUUGGCUCCAAACCUUGGACUCUCGCUGCAGAUUUUGUGGAAAGAAAGGGCGGAAAGAAACAACGUUUGGUUGUGACUUUUGA